AUGACUCUUGAGUUCUUUUCUACUCUUCAACCGGUUCGCGGUUCUCCUACUUCCAUUACUUUCCGCAUCAACAACACUAGUCAUACUCUUAGUGUUGAAGAUUUGGUGGAACUUUUUGGAAUGAGGGGAACGGGAUUGGUCAAUUGGGCUCAAGAGUUCGAUCAAGUGGCAAUUUGGCGGGAAUUGACGGAUCGGGACGACUACAAGUCCAAGGUGUCCAAGAUGAAUGAAGUCAAAGACAUCAACAUAGUGGUGUUCUUGAAAUGGUUUGGGCACUCUUUUGGCGGGCGUAAUGAGUACUCAAAGGUGGCGAAGAGUGAUCUUUUGGCAUUGAAUGCCAUUUUACAUCCGGAGAUUGACGCCUACCAAGUCAACCCGGCUUAUCGUCUUUUGAAGCGAUUACGGGCGGUUCCACAAGAAUUGUCGAAAAUUGGCUAUGGAUGGUUUGUUCGUGCAUUGACCGAGAAGUACAAUUGUAUGCCCACGGCAUCUACCUUGGUAACUUUCGAGUCCACUCCGGCGAGGGUAAUAAAUAUUAACCAUUUAGAUGUGGCCGGAUAUGUGAAGAGGGGGAGAAUUAUUCCCUAUAAUAGAAGGGUACGAUUGUUAACGAGGGCCAAAAGAGAAGCGGCGGCACAAGAAGAGAGAGCGGAAGAAGAAGGAGGAGACGUAGAAGGAAGAGUAGGAAGACGAGCGGGGAAGGAACCCGCAGAAACUUCUCAAGCCGGAGAGGCGGCUAAUAUUUCCGGGUUUGAUCAACGGUUUUCUGAGUUGGUUGAACAAACCCGGACCGGAUGGGAGCAAAACCGGGUUGGUUGGGAAACUAACCAAAAAUUACUUGAAGAUAUCCGACGUGAACAACAUGUUGGUCUUACACAACUUCAAUGGAGGCAAGAUCGAAUGCGGGCACGGCUUAAUCGGCAAGAGGAUUUUCUUCGGGUUACUAAUGUCGAUGGAGUAAAAUGGAGAUUGACGGGUUAUUAUGGAUUUCCUGAGAGAGAUAGAAGGAAAGAUUCGUGGAAUAUGUUAGUUGAGCUUAGCAAACAGUAUUCACUUCCUUGGUGCGUCAUUGGUGAUUUUAACGAUCUCUUUGCAAGAGAUGAAAAGAGGGGUGGAGGAAUUCAACCGCAUUGGAUGAUUAACGGCUUUCGAAAAGCUAUUUUGAAUAGUGGGUUAAUGGACCUUGGAGCAACUGGCUAUCGAUUUACGUUGGAAAGAGGGCGGGGAUCGGAGGCAUGGGUGGAAGAGAGGUUGGAUAGAGCUCUGAGUAAUGGUGAUUGGGCAAAUAUGUUUAAUAGAGCGGUUGUUCAGAAUUUGGAUAUAUCCACUUCGGAUCACAGACCUGUUUUUCUAAUUCUCUCAGGGAUUGAGAUUAGUAAACAGAAGUUCAAAUUCCGCUUUGAAAAUGCUUGGGUCAGGAAAGAAAACUUUAAGGAAAAAAUUGUUCAAGUUAGUAAUGUGUUGGCUGGGUGGAGUCAGUCGAUAAGAAAGAAUUUUACGAAAGAAAUAGCAGCUAAAAAGAACUUAAUUGCACAAGUUCAGGACAUGCGUGAUUUGGUUGGGCGUAAUAAUUUUAAACAGUACUCUAAAGAGCUUCAUCUUUUGCUUGAGGAGGAAGAGACAGUUUGGAAACAACGAGCUAAGAAGUUCUGGUUACGAGAUGGGGAUUCAAAUACUAAAUACUUCCAUUCGGCUGCUUCAAGUAGGAAAUGGAGGAACAUAAUUUUGAAAUUAAGGGAUGAGAACGGAGAGUGGAAAACGACAGAUAGGGAUAUUUUUGAUAUUGUGAGGAGAUAUUUUAUCCAUCUCUUUACUGGUUCGAACUUGAUGGAGGAGGAAGCAGAUUUUGAGGUGAGUCUGAAAGUUACAGCUGAGCAGAAUGUGGAGUUGUUGCAAGAGGUGUCUAUAGAGGAAGUACGAAAGGCGGUUUUCAGUAUGCACAGCGAUAAGUCGCCGGGGCCGGAUGGAUUAAAUCCAGCUUUCUUUAAAACGUAUUGGAAUACUGUUGGAGAUGAUCUGGUGUUUAUGUGUAAUCAAUUUUUAGAUACAGGAACUCUUGAGGAUGGUUUAAACAAUACAGGUAUAACCCUUAUACCUAAAAUUAAUAACCCUGAGCAUGUUUCUGAUUUGAGACCCAUAGCAUUGUAUAAUGUCGCUUAUAAGAUUUUGGCGAAGGUUCUUGCAAACCGUAUGAAACACUUGAUGCCUUUAAUUAUUUCUGAAAAUCAAAGUGCGUUUGUUGAAAACAGACUUAUAACUGAUAAUUUUCUAGUGGCUUAUGAGAUUGGGCAGUUUUUGCGGAGGAAUAGGAGAGGUAAAAUAGGCAAUGCAGCUUUAAAAAUUGAUAUGAGUAAAGCGUAUGACAGGAUAGAGUGGUCUUUUGUAAAGUUUAUGAUGCAGAAGCUAGGCUUUAACGCUAAAUGGAUCGCUUUGAUUAUGGAAUGUAUUUCUUCUGUUUGUUAUACCAGUGUGGGAGAUUGUUAUGAUGAUGACCCUAUUAAGCCGAGUCGAGGCUUGAGACAGGGGGAUCCACUAUCCCCUUAUUUAUUUAUUAUUUGUGCUGAAGGGUUGAGUUGUUUACUUGCUAGAGAAGAGGAAAGAGGUCGCAUUCACGGGGUUUCGGUGUGUAGAGGUGCCCCGGCUAUUAAUCAUCUUUUCUUUGCAGAUGAUUGUUAUUUGUUUUUUCGAGCUUCAUUGGAGGAGGCAAGAGUUGUUAAAGCAGUGUUAAAGUCAUAUGAAGGACUGUCAGGGCAGAAAAUUAAUCUACAGAAGACAAACAUUAUGUUCGGUGCUAAUGUUAUGUCGAGUCUCAAGAAAGAUGUUUGUGAUUUGCUGAAUGUGGGGGAGGUUGCGGAUCAAGGAAAGUACCUCGGGCUACCAUCGUUGGUGGGUAGAAACAAGAGGGCAGUCUUUUCAUUUAUUCGAGAGAAAGUUUGGCAAAAAAUUAAGGGGUGGAAUUCUAAAGCGCUCUCGAGGGGUGGCAAAGAGAUUCUCCUUAAGACGGUUGCUCAAGCGAUGCCAAAUUUUGUCAUGAAUGUUUUUCUAAUUCCUUUAGAUUUGUGUGCCGAGCUUGAAAGAAUGAUGAACUCGUUUUGGUGGGGGAGGAAUAGUGAGGCUAAGAAGGGUAUUUGUUGGGCUAGUUGGGAUAAGCUUUGCAAACCGAAGAAAUUUGGAGGUAUUGGCUUUCGAAAGAUUCACGAUUUUAAUGUCGCAAUGUUGUCGAGACAAGCUUGGAGAUUGCUUAUUAAUGGUGAUUCGCUUAUGAGCCGUGUGUUUAAAGCAAAAUAUUUUCCAAAGACUUCUUUUUUAGGAGCAAAGUUGGGAUCGAAUCCGAGUUUUGUGUGGCGAAGCAUUUUCGCUACUCAAAAAGUGAUGCGUAGAGGAGUCCGAGUGAGAAUUGGUGAUGGAAAAUCCACAAAUAUAUGGCAGGAUCCUUGGCUUAUAGAUAAAUCUUCGGGUUUCAUUCUGUCUGAUCAUAGGCCAAAUUUGAACGAUUCCAAGGUUUGGCAACUAUUUAAAGAGGAGACAAGAGAGUGGGACUUGGAAAUUCUCCGAGACCUGUUUGUGGAGGAGGAUCAGGUUCGAAUAUUAUCAGUGCCUAUAAGCGUAAGAAAUUUGAAGGAUAGCUGGAUCUGGGUUUUAGAUGAGAAAAAUCGAUUCUCAGUUAGAAGUGUUUAUAGAAGUUUAAGAGGUGAAUUUGCUGAUGAUGAGUUGCAGGAAUCGCCGUUUUGCUGGAAUCGUUUGUGGAACCUAAAUAUCCCUCUUCAUGUCAGAAAUUUCAUUUGGCGGUUAGUUUCUGGUUACCUGCCGUCGGUUGAUGCUUUGGCUAGUAAAAGGGUAUUCAUUAACGGCCAAUGUCAGGUUUGUAACAGUAUGAACGAGACGGCAUCGCAUAUUUUUUAUGGUUGUGAAGUAGCCAUUUCCAGUUGGGGGGUGUCUAAGCUUCACUUGGCUGUUAAUGCCGAUUGGAAUUGUGAGAAGUGGUGUCGUUCUUGGCUCGAGAACUUGAAGAUGGAAGAUAGAGAGCUUGCGGCUAUGAUUUGUUGGCACUUGUGGCUUAAUCGGAAUGGGGCUGUUUGGGAAGGAAAAUGCAACAGUGCUGAGAAUGUGGUUAACGCAGCAAGUCAGCAACUUUACUCCUGGCAGAACGCGAGAAAGAAAAGAGUAUUAUUUGGUGAAAGAGAGCUUGCUAGUGAAGAUGGUAAGGCGAUUUGGAGUCCUCCUGCUGUGGGUUUCACCAAAGUUAAUGUAGAUGGGGCUAUCUUUAAGUCAGAAGGUAGAGCAGCUAUGGGUUGUGUUGUGCGAAAUGCUUCAGGGGAAAUUAUACAAGCAAGGCAACUUUCUUUUGUAGGUCUUUUUGAUGCUAGAUCAGUUGAACUUAUUGGCAUCAGGGAAUUGCUAAGCUGGAUGAAGGGAUGGAGUAAUCUUAUUAUUGAGUCCGAUGCUCUAGAGGUAGUUCAAGAUAUUCGAAAUCCCGAGCUUGCUAAGGGUGAUUUGUUGGUUGAGGAUUGUGUUUUAUUAGCGGAGCAGUUUUCUAGUUUAUAUUUUUCUUUUGUAAGGCGGUCUGCGAAUCUAGCUGCGCACUUGUUAGCGCGUAAUGCUCGUUCCUUGUCAGGUCAUUGGGAUUGGUUUUCGAACUUUCCUGAAUAUCUUACGUCUGUAACUGCUUCGAUUUAUCCUCAAUAA